AUGAUAACAUCCGGCAAAUUCUUCACGAUUGCGCUGGUAGCAGCAUGGUAUUCAUCAAACAUUGGGGUUUUAUUACUGAACAAGUAUUUGCUAAGCAAUUAUGGUUUCAAAUACCCAAUUUUCCUCACAAUGUGUCAUAUGACUGCUUGCUCUUUAUUCGGCUACAUAGCCAUUGCUUGGAUGAAAAUUGUUCCAAUGCAGACUAUAAGAUCUAGGGUUCAGUUUGUUAAGAUCUCUGCUUUGAGCCUCGUCUUCUGUGGCUCUGUGGUUAGUGGCAAUAUUUCACUUAGGUACUUGCCUGUUUCAUUCAAUCAGGCUAUUGGUGCUACUACGCCUUUUUUUUACUGCUGUGUUUGCCUAUUUGAUGACAAUGAGGAGGGAAUCCUGGUUGACUUAUGCUACUCUCCUUCCUGUUGUCGCCGGCGUUAUUAUUGCCAGCGGGAUACAAUUGAUUUGGAGACAAAUUCAAAAAGGAAAAGGGGUGUUCGAGGAUUGAGUUGGCCGUGA